AUGAACGGCGACGGUUUCCCCACGGACGUCCUGGUGUACAUCCUCGAGCGCUUCCAGCCCAACGCCCGCCGCCGUCUCCGCCUCGUCUGCCAGCACUGGCGUCAGGUGAUCGACACGUGCACGAGACUUGGCAGCCGCCGGAAGACGCUCGUCGUCACCACGGAGAAGGCGUACAUCUUCGACGACCUCUCUACAGGGCGAUGGAGCUGGGAGUUCCCCAUGUGGCACGGCCGCUGGUGGGGAACCCGCAACGACGUGGUAGGGACCUGCAACGGCAUCAUCUGUAUGUGCGACAACUUCUUGGGCGGCAUCGUUCUGCACAAUCCGGUCACCGGCGAGAGGCUGGCCGUCCCGAGCCUACCGCCAGGGCACCAGACCAGCGCCCGGAGCUGCCACCGGGCAUACAGCUUCACGCACGACCAGGCCACGGGGCGGUACAAGGUCGUGCACGUCCCACGUUGCUCCGGCGGGGUCCUGGUGUUCACGCUCGGGAACGCGUCUUGGCAGCACCUCGCCACCGACGGCUGGUGGUGCUACCCUGAGAACGGUUUUGUGACCGUCCACAACACAAUGUACUGGGCCGUGGAGAUGAAAGACGGAGGGGUGAACAUCAUAUGCUUGGACCUCGAUGGCGAGCGUGUCCCCACAGUCAUUCCACUGCCGCCGUCAAGACCAGCCGGCACCUUGCGCUUGGCGGUGGUGCACGGCAUCUGGCUCGGUGUCAUCUUCAGCCUAGCCUCGCCGCAGAGGCUCGACAAGACGCAGGUUUGGGUCCUGAAGCAACACAUGUCGACUAGCAGCUACAGCGUGCAGGUCCGGCACCCGCCACGGCACCGACCGCAAUGGCACGACCAUCAGCAUCUUACCUCGCCGCACUUUGCUCAUGAUAGAGAUGGCAUCUUCACCUGGGAGUGGUUACCCACUGGAGGAGGCUGUGCCUUGUACCGACACACCGCGGCGAGCACAGAGGCACGACCCGGUACUGUGGAGAUCGACGAGAGGAACCAGGGUACCAUGGUAGCCCAUUUUAAGACGGAGUAUGAUACCUUUCGGACAUUCGACUAUGUCGAGACUAGGGAGCCGUUGAGUGUGUACAAGCGCUGGUGA